AUGACCGUAACUAUCGACCACCUAACCCCCCUCCUAACCGGCAACACCCUCUACCGCCAACACGCAACCACACUCAACCCUACCUUCUUCACCACUCUCGCUCUCGGGCAAACUCCCUCAACCCUCUGGAUCGGUUGCGCCGACAGCCGCGUGCCCGAAACAACAGUCUGCCACUGUGCACCCGGCGACAUCUUCGUGCACCGCAACAUUGCCAACACGGUGCAUGUGAAUGAUGUAAAUGCGGCGAGUGUGGUGGAAUAUGCGGUUACGCAUCUGCGGGUUAGAAGCGUGGUGGUGUGUGGGCAUACAAAGUGUGGCGGCGUGGGGGCAGCACUUGGGGAUGAGGUUUUGGGGGGUGCGUUGGAUGUUUGGUUGGGGCCUGUUAGGGAACUUCGCCGGCAGCAUGAGAUUGAGCUGGAUGCUUUGCCUGAUGACGAUGCGCGGGCGGUUCGUUUGGCGGAACUCAAUGUUCGGAGGUCUGUGGAUGCGUUGAGAGAACAUCCUGCUGUUAGGAAGGCUAUUGCUGAGCAUGGGCUUGGGCUGCACGGUCUGAUCUAUGAUAUUGGGGUUGGGCAGUUGAGGGUUAUAGACAAGGAUGGAAAGAUGAAGAAUGGUUCGUAUCAAUCUGCUCAAAAAGGACAUGAUUGA